AUGAAGGUUUUUGCUAUAAUGGCUUUGUUGCUAAUAACAGCAUACUCUCAAUCAAACGAAAUAGAUGUUGUGUUGAAGAUGCUUGGGGAUUUAAAAAAUGGCACAAUCAAGCAAUUAUAAGAAUUGGAGAGUGAUUGGGAAGCAACCAAAUAUCAAAAGCAAGACAUUGUUAAUGAUUUAUAACGGGUGAAUGCAAUAGAAGAGAUUAAGAAUGGGCAAAUAAAGAGCGUGACAUUAGAAUAACACUUAGCUAUAUUAAUUGGCUUGAGAAGAGAAUCAAAGAGAAUAAUGAAAGACUUUAAAGAUUGGAUGUGA